CAAAACUAAACAUUCAUUCAAUUGUCACACCAUUUGGUCCAUCAUUUCAGAUACAAAGCAAUCACUGAAUUGAGAGACAAUUUGCCACAAAAUAUGUUUGCUUUGACUGAAGGCUUGAGAGGCAUUGCAUUGAAAUACAAACCGUUGAAUGUAUUUCACUGUCAACUCAUUUGCAACACAUUUGUGCGACAAUUGAAUCAGGAGAGACGGCCCACACGUGAGGGAAGGGAUGUAUUUACGUCGACCUUCACUCGAGAGCUGGAGAACCAAUUGACACGACUUCGGACAACCGGCGGACACACAGCGGAAGUGCUCCGCAAACUCCUGAUGACAUACUGCCGUCGAUCGCACUUCUGGUCCGAUGACAGCCAUGUCAUCAAUGAUAAGAUCGCUGUUCGGCUCCAAGAGAUCGUCCACGAGAUGACUGCCAAUCAGUACGCCAUCACUGAUGGCAUAUAUUCAUCGCUUCUGGAGUUUUACACCAAUUCUCAAGACUUAAAGUCCGCGCUCGAGAUGAGAGACAAGAUCUCGAAGUCGUUUUCCAUCGACUCGUUUAAAGUGAUUAAUUUGGCGACACUUUUGGCCAAAAAUAAUAUGAUUGACGAGUCGUUGGCAGUGAUCAGAGAGCAUAAGAACCGGUCGAUCGGUUGGCAGUCGACUAGAAGUCCUCGAAGUCCGCGUCUGGAUAUCCGUAUCAACACUAAUGGCAAUACUUUUGAUGACUUAACGCAUAAAUCCAUUAAUAGACUCCUGAAUACACUGAUUGACAAACGAUUGGACACUAAAGUGAUUAAAAACGUGUUUCAGAUGUGUAUCGAAAUGAGUGAC